CAUCAUUUGGAUUUCGGUGUGGAUUGUUUAUCCGGGUCUAUUACCCGGAAGUACAACGUUGUGGAUUACGUAACGUCCUCUCGGCCACACAAACGCUCCGCUUGCAAAUGGACGCGUCCGCAGCUGAUUGUGUUGCUUGAAUUUGAGCCGAGCAGCCUUUGCAAUGGACGCCGAAGCCGACGACGCAGGGAGGAAGCGUCGAGUGCACGGCAUGUUGAAGCUCUACUACGGGCUCAACGGAGAAGGGAAGGCCGACGAUACGCCGCCUUCCCUGGAUCCGUGUGACAUCAACGGGGCGCACUUUGACCCCGAGGACUACCUAAACAAGCUCCGGAGGGAGUGCUCCCUCGCAGAGCUGAUGGACCAGGAGACCUGCAUGGUCAAGCAGAUCCGUUCUUUGGACAGCGACAUGCAGACGUUGGUCUACGAAAACUACAACAAAUUCAUAUCGGCCACAGACACCAUAAGGAAGAUGAAGAAUGAUUUCAAAAAGAUGGAGGACGAAAUGGACUGCCUGUCCGCUAACAUGGCGGCCAUCACCGAUUUUAGCGCUCGCAUCAGCGGUACCCUCGAAGACCAGCACGCUCAGAUCACCAAACUCUCCGGGGUUCACGCUCUGUUGAGGAAGUUGCAGUUUCUGUUCGAACUGCCCGCCAGGUUGAAGAAGUGCUUGGAGCUGCGGGCGUACGCUCAAGCGGUGACUUCCCACCGGCGCGCUCGCUGCGUGCUGCAACAGUACAGCCACCUGCCCUCCUUCAAGGGCAUCCAGGACGACUGCCGCGCCAUCGUGGACCAGCUGGCGCAGGAGCUUCGGCGGAAGUUCCGGGACGGCGGCUCCGGCCCCAAAGACCUCUCGGAGUGCGUCGAGCUGCUGCUGCAGUUGGACGAGCCCGCGGAGGAGCUGUGUGAAAAGUUCCUGAGCCACGCGGGCGCCCGCCUAACGUUGGACCUGCGGAGCCUGGAGGCCGAGAUAAGACCCGGCCCGGCGCCCGCCUCCAACUCCGACAUCCUGGAGUUCAUGGACAGGGGCUGCAACGAAUUUGUCAGCAGCCUGUGUCUGGUCAUCACGUCUUACCAGGAGCUGUUUGUCAACCGCGCUCAGACGGGCGAGCUGGCGUCCAAAAAUAUUCCUCAGAUGGCGACCGGCAAGCUGCACGCCUUCGUGGACGAUCUGGCCGCUCGCUAUUUCUCGCUCGUCGAGCGACGGAUCGGAGCGGAGAAGGGGGUGGGCGAUAACUCCCUCCUGGUCCGCGCCCUGGACCGCUUCCACCGCAGGCUCCAGGCCGUGGCCAAGCUGCUGCCGGACUCCCCGGUGCCCGAGCGAGGCGCCGAGAUCGUCAUCCGCGCCGCCGCCGAGCGAGUCAGGCAGUACCUGGCCGCUCUCCAGAGCUUCUACGUGGACAGCCUGACCGACGUGAGGCAGGCCCUGGCGACGCCUCGCCUGGCGCCGGGCGUUCCCCGCUCGGGGGGUCCGGCCUCCGGCAGGGACGCCCCGACGGGCCUCCCGGAGCUGCUCUCCUCCCUGUCGGCUUCGCUUCUCAAUCAGAUCAAGUCGGUGUUGGCGUCUGUGCAUCUGUUCACGGCCAAGGACAUCACCUUCUCCAAUAAGCCCUACUUUAAGGGCGAAUUCUGCUGCCAGGGCGUCCGCGAGAGUCUGGUCGUGAGUUUCAUAAAGUUUGUGUGUCAGUCCUCUCGGCAGUUUUGCGAGAGCGCGGGAGACAAGGGGGGGUCCACCCCGCCGGCCCUCCUGUUGCUCCUUUCUCGACUCUGCUUGGAUUACGAAACCUCCACAAUCUCUUACAUCCUCACACUUACCGACGAGCAGUUCCUGGCACAGCACCACAGUCCGGUGACGGCGGUCACCGCUCUUUGCGCGGAUGCCCGGGAGGCGGCGCAGAAGCUUCUCAACCAUUACGUCAAGGUUCAAGGUCUGAUUAUUUCCCAGAUGCUUCGAAAGAGCGUGGAAACGCGAGACUGGGUCAACACUAUCGAGCCUCGCAACGUGCGCGCGGUGAUGAAGAGAGUCGUGGAGGACGCCACCUCCAUCGACGUGCAGGUGGGUCUCCUGUACGAGGAAGGCGUGCGGAAGGCGCACAGCAGCGAUUCCAGCAAGAGGACCUUCUCCGUCUACAGCAGCUCAAGGCAGCAAAGUCGUUACGCCGCGAGCUACACGCCGAGUGCCCCCAUGGACACCAACCUGCUGAGCAACAUCCACAAGCUGUUUUCCGAGCGCAUCGACAUCUUCAGCUCAGUGGACUUCAACAAGGUUUCCGUGAUGACGGGAAUCAUCAAAAUCAGCUUGAAGACGUUCCUGGAGUGCGUCCGGCUGCGCACUUUCGGCCGCUACGGGCUGCAGCAGAUCCAAGUCGACUGCCACUACCUGCAGAUGUACUUGUGGCGCUUCGUGUCCGACGAGAACCUGGUCCAUUUCCUGCUGGAUGAGAUUGUGGGAAGCUCCGCCCACCGCUGCCUGGACCCCGCCCCGAUGGAGCAAAGCGUGAUUGAAGUUAUCUGCGAACGAGGUUGAAGGUCAAAGUGCAGCGGCGGCGCCCGCUGGACAUCAUUACGUGUACGUUGUAGCGCGGAGCUGUACAUAAAGCAUUGGUGGCGUAUUAAUACCGUCAGACUGGCCUUAUUGACAAAUCUCCCGGACGCUAAAAUAGUAAUCAAAUACUAAGUAAGUAAGAUGCUACAGAACUUGGAAUACUUGAAGGGACUUUCUCGUGGAUGCUGUCUGUAAUGAGGAACUGAGCAUUUUUGUCCUGCUGGCAUUUAUUAAUCUGAAUUAAAAAAAAAAAAAAAAAGAUGGACUUGAUCAAAGCAGACCCAUGUGUUG